AUGUCGGCAUCCACACCUCAAAGAACCUCUCUGCGCCAGGGUCUGCGCCAGGCGCCGAAAGUGAACCAACCUUUCAUUCCGGACACGACGCCCGCUCGCCGCUCCCAUCAUCAGAGUUUCACUUCUCCCCAGCCAUCGAUGUCCCCUCAUGCACCUCUCAACCCAGCAGCUAACCCGCAGAGCGCGUCUUUUGCCGUGGAAAACUGGGAUGGAAAAGCCCAGACACAACUGCCAAUGUCGACGCGCGAAGUACCUACACCAGGCAACCGACCUGCUCUGUUCGCCAGUCUCUACGAUCGCACAAAAUUUGCCAAGCAGCCCGAUUUCUAUGACCCGUAUUUUCCUCUAAGAUUCUUGGAAGUUCCGCGUACGGACCACAUUUACAAGCGUGCCCACUAUGGUCUUCAGUCUGGCAUUCCUGACGAGAUCGACUUUGCGUUGUACCAUCUGGUUCAAAUCUCGAACCAGCGGUGGGACAAGUUCAAAUUUGAGGGAUUCCCAUUACUUGCCGAGUCACUCAUGCAGAAAGCUUUGGAGAUCACACAUCUCUGCACUGGCGUACGCUGGGAGUUUGAUUAUGAUCCCCGACAACGGUCCGACCGUGUCAAUGUACUCAACUCACUGCAUGGUACGCGAGAUAUUCUUGACAAGAUUCGCAAGAUUCCCACGAACAUCCCGACAGACACCCUUGAGACGAAAGAGUUCAACCACGCCCUUCGGAAUAUCAAGGAGGCCACUCUGGUGUUGAGAAACAUGGUUUUGCUCAAGGAGAACGCUUUUUACGUGUCUCGCUAUGCCAGUGGCCUUCUCAGAGACUUCCUAGUCAUCAUGAUGAACGUACCAAACCAGCCACGCCUGAAUGAAAUAAAAAAUGACGCGCUCGAUAUUGCUGAGGAGGUCACCAAGUUCAUGAGGACUGACGCUGAGGAUCCGCUCUGGAUCUCUCUGGUCAAUUGUCUGGACUCACCCGAUCGCGCGCACAUUGUGAGAGCUCUUUGGGCUUUAACCCACUUCUCUACUGAAUUGCACGAGGCCGACGCAAACCGAGCCAUGGAGAGCCUGUCGAAGCCAACCCUACAACAACUGUACUACCACACACUUCUUGACCUCGACAAAGACAUUUUGAGCGGUGCGCUGGAUUUCUGGUACCAGUACACUUUGAGCCACGACAAUAUUGAGACCUUGAUGGAUGCCAUCAACUUCCCAAUUGUCUUUGUACCCCGCAUGGUCGCUCUUCUCACCUACGAGGCACGACCGACCAAGAAAGAGACCGUUUUGCAAGAGGAAAAGGUUGCACCUCCACCAGCUGACAUUCCUCGUGUACCUCCCGAGCUUUUGGAGAAGUUGAUGGAACUUUCAGAACCGGAGCGGAGCUCUCAAUGGUUGAGAUGCUGUUUCGUUGAAGAUGUAGAGUGCGAGAUCACACAGAUUGCCCUGUGGCAGGCCUAUCAAAGCCGUUUCGCCGAUCCCCGAGCCGCCGGUGGAGGCGUUCUUCCUGCUGCGGAGUUCAUCAAGAACGUCAGCAACACCUUCACCAAUGCACAGGCUCAGGUAAUCAACGGUCCCGGCACGGCCCCAAAAUUCAUCAUCAAGGGAAUCCGGCCCCUGGAGACUGCCUACACUUUCCAAGCCUUCCCAUACUUGUACUGCAAAUGGGCAGACAAUUCAAAACCUUCUCAAAUGUGCCAGCGUGCAUUUGAAUCACCCAGCGAUCUCCGCAACCACGUGUUUGCGGAUCAUAUGAGUCUAGAAACCACCGAAACUCCGGGCGAGUUCAAGAUGGAAGCUGCUGAAACCCCUAUUCACACCUGUCAGUGGGACAGCUGCACACGGUUCCGGGCUUCGGGACCCAGCACUAAUACUGCGAUGGUUGCUGGCCACGUUUCUUCUCACUUGCCUGAAGAUCGCCCCGCCGACGCUCAGCCACCCAGUACCAAGCGCCCAAUUCUUCAGGAGAGGAUUGUGCGUAAGUGGUACUAUAUGGAUACGCCGCUGAACGAGAAGGGUGAGCCUUAUGGGGCCGCUUACAAAGCUGCGCUUGUCCUGCGUAAUAUUGCCAGAGGACUGCCUCAACGGGUUGCCACGAAAUACGGCAAUGUGUCAUGGAAGAAGGCAUGCUUUGUGAGCCAACGUCCCAAGAUUGUGGAGGUCUGGGAUCGGAAUCGUGCUCUGCGCAAGGAGUUGACCGAACUUAUCAUGGUCAUUGAGAAAGAGGAUGACUACUGA